GCUCCCCUUCUUCUUCCGUCUAGAGAAAAAUACUUAUCACCAUAAUUUAUAAGAUAAGCAAAUCAUCUUAUCGUCCUAUUGACGAGACAUGCUCUCAUAAAUGGAGAACAAUCCUCUAUUUCUCCAUUGAACAAGAACCUUUGACUGCUUACGGUUAAUUUGUGUUACACAACAAAUUGUGUGACCAACUUACAAGCUACAAAUUUGUUUAGUUUUUCUUAUCUUCUUCCGCUAAAAAGGAUGAAAUACAAGUAUUAGAGUACCUUUUGUGAGAAGAGAUGUCGUCUUCCGUGACGGCGGAGGGGGACGAGGCGUUAACCGGGUUGGUGGUGAUGGAGGAUGAAGGUCAGGGUCACGAAGGGGAAGAACAAGCCUGCUACUUGACCUUUAACUCUCACCCCCUCGUCUUCCACAAGGUGGAACAAGACGAGGAUGACGUCAAUGAUGGCACAACCACGACGGUCGUAACGGUAGAAUAUUUGGACCAUGUCGUUGGACUAGACGACCCCUCGUCCUCCAUACAAUUUGACGACGAGCAUGCCCGUGCGGUCGCAAAUUUGUUGGAAUUUCAUAAUCAACAGACCAACUUUUCCUACACUGGUGGGGAGGAGGAUGGCGUUGAGGGGGAUGGAGUGGGGGAAUAUUCAGAGUCGGGUGAAAUGCAACUCGUGGAGGACGAUGGAUCCCGACUCAUGACCAUUCCGAUAGAAGUGACGCAUUUACCGGUGCAAGUGAAGCACACUGUGUCGCCAAAGAGGUCGUAUGGAAGAAUUAAACCCGGUGGUGAUACGAGUAAUAGUAGUAACAUCCGUCCCAAACCGAUAACAGCAGCAGUAGUAGGAGAUGUCCAAAAAGGGCAAAGUAGUAGUAAGUCCUCGCCAAACUUUACAAAUCCGCAAGGUCUUCCUCGCCUAAAGGGAAAUAGGAGGACAAUUAUUGAUACGCAGAAAGUAAUUCCGAUUCAGCAGUUUAAACGCCAACUGACGGAUACUUCUGAUAUAGUUCUCACUGCUAUGGAUUGUGCUCCACCCACGAAGAAAGCAAUGAACUAUUUGGCGUAUGGUGGGGUUGGGAAGUAUUUUGCAUACUCAGGUCGGAGAUGUUCAAGUGUGCCUUUAGCUAAACUAUUUUUUAGUCGUUUAAACCUAAGUACGGACUCCAGACAGGCUGCAUCAUCGUCGUCGACAGGGAUUGAAGGAUCGGAGAAACCCUUUAUUAUUCCAUUAAAUGCAGAAUUAAAAACUCCCGUGUCCCUCAAUUAUGAAGGAGAUACACGGCGAAAUAACACCAUUUUACCAUGCCAGUUCAAUGAUGCUGUCGCAAAACGAGCUGCCAAUUCCUUUGACUCUUUUUGUAAAGGCAUGACGAAACCAACAAAGUUGGAAUUCUCUGCCAGAACAAUUAAACCCCGAAGUACUCAGAGAUCCAAACUAAGUCCACGACUUGUAAACGGUCGUCAUCCAGAUGUUCAUUCAUCACCUAAUAAUAUUACACCUAGAAUACUAUAUGUUAGUAAUUUGCCUACCUCAAGUGAAGUCACUACCCUCAGACUACAAACUCCUGCCGAUAACGAUAACACAUUUCCACUUGAACAUUCAAUCACCGCCGAUCAUGGAGAGCAAGUAAUAUACUCCAUUGAAGGAGGUCAACCCGACGAAAUGAUCAAGGCCGAGAUUGUUGAUCCUACAGAAUUUGUCAGUGGUGAAAACAACACCCACCACGAACACGAGUUGACAAACAUCAAAGUCAUCCAAGAACCAUCGUACGGAUCAUCUAACAGUGGUCCUUCAAAUUUUGAAAUGUUGAUCGCUGCAGCUGAACAACAUACAAAUCUUUCCUCUCCUGACGACGAGGAAUCCCCCGCCCUCAAUACGAGUACCAGUAUUGACUCAACCAGUACCGUCAAAACAGAAAUCCUCCAAGUCGAAACGACCCAGCAAGAAAUAAAAGACGAGGAAGUUGACAUGGUUGAAUAUACAAAUAUCGUCGAGGGAGAACAACUCAUAGUUCUCAGCGACAGUGGGGAACGCUUCCGUGUACAGCAAGAUUCCCGAGGGGAAUUAACCCUCUGGCCCCACACAGAAUACGACACUAAUAUUUUCGCAUAAUAAGUCGCAUAAUUAUAACACAACUUUCACUUUCACUAGUGACGCUAAUAAUCCUGUUAAAACUGUUAUAUUAUUUUUUUUCUCAAUUUUUUUUUGCAAAUCUAUUAUAUAUGAUGUGAUACUUACAUCAUGUCAGACUUUUAAGGUAUGUGACUAAUAAUAAAUCUAUCGUUCUUAGAUUGUUGACUUCAAUAAAAAAUUAAAUAUAUC